AUUUCACUUGCCUUUUUUUUAUUUUUUAUUUUUUAUUUUGUUCCUUUGUCUGUGGCAAAUCCAACCUUCACCAUUCUUUACACGUUGUCAUCUCUAUCUCUCCUGCUUUUGAUGUUAGUAGCUAUAGUUAAACACUUGGGCUCUCUUUUACAUCUUUCACUUCUUUAUAAGACUUUGAUGUCAAUAACUUGAAAGUCAAGACCACUGCUUACUGUUACCUUAACCACCUCUCAAGAAUUUGCUUUUUUCUUUUUAAUAUCUAUUAAGUUUUCUUGACAAUUGUUGCGAAGAAAAAGAAUAGAGAAGUUCGUAGACAGAAGAGAAAGCUGUUUUUGAAACUUGCUUGUAUUGUAUUUGUAGUACUAACUGGUAGCUAUGGAAAGAUAUGAGAUUUUGAAAGAUAUUGGGUCUGGAAAUUUUGGGGUGGCCAAGCUGGUUAGAGAUAGAUGGACUAAAGAGCUCUUUGCUGUUAAGUUUAUCGAGAGAGGCCAAAAGAUCGAUGAACAUGUGCAAAGGGAAAUUAUGAACCACAGGUCUCUAAAGCAUCCCAACAUUGUUAGAUUCAAAGAGGUCCGGUUGACUCCUACCCAUCUAGCAAUAGUCAUGGAGUAUGCCGCAGGAGGAGAGCUCUUUGAGAGGAUAUCUAACGCUGGUAGAUUCAGUGAGGAUGAGGGAAGGUUUUUCUUCCAGCAAUUGAUAUCAGGAGUCAGCUACUGUCAUUCAAUGCAAAUUUGUCACAGAGAUCUUAAGCUUGAAAAUACACUUCUAGAUGGUAGCACAGCACCGCGUGUCAAAAUAUGUGAUUUUGGGUAUUCAAAGUCAACUGUGUUGCAUUCUCAACCAAAAUCUACAGUAGGAACACCAGCUUACAUUGCACCUGAGGUUCUGUCCAAAAAGGAAUAUGAUGGAAAGGUAACAUAUAUUAUCUUUCUUUGUUCUUUUUCAUUGCUUGAAACUUGGGAUCCCAUCCUUAUCAUACCUAAUCCUCUUGAUUUACAGAUUGCAGAUGUUUGGUCUUGUGGAGUUACCCUUUAUGUGAUGCUGAUUGGGGCAUAUCCAUUUGAAGAUCCUGACGAUCCAAAAAACUUCAGGAAAACAAUUGGGAGGAUACUGAGUGUCCACUACUCAAUUCCAGAUUAUGUUAGAGUUUCUAUUGAGUGCAAGCAUCUCUUAUCUCGAAUAUUUGUGGUGAAUCCUGAAAAGAGAAUAAGCAUUCCAGAAAUAAAAGAUCAUCCAUGGUUCUUGAAGAACUUGCCCAUAGAACUUAUGGAAGGAGGCAGUUGCCAAAGCCAUGAUGUGAAUAAUCCAUCUCAAAACAUUGAAGAAGUGGUGUCUAUAAUCCAAGAGGCAAGAAAAGCUGUUGUGCUUCCGAAGAGCGGAAACUAUUUGCUAGAAGGCAGCAUGGAUCUAGAUGACGCAGAUGCUGAUGCAGAUUGCGAAGAUAUUGAGACAAGUGGUGAUUUCGUGUGCCCUUUAUGAGCUAACUGUACAGACAAAUCCUGUUUUCGAGAGCUCUCCACGUAUGCUCCAUAUAGGUGAGAAGCAAAUCCCCAUAGGCACAUGGCCAAGGCCAUGCCCUUCUCAGCAUUGAAGACUUCAUGCAAGAAUAUUACAGCAAAUACCUGUUGGACUGGAACUAGAAGAGAUGACACGAGGCCUCCAAGGAGAGAUGUGGAGGCAAAGAUCACACCAAGACUUCCUAUGAUUAAGAGCUGCAUUAUAACUGCUGCUACAACAAGUAUAGUAUAGUACUUUGCCUGCCCAAGACCAAAUUCUUCAGCCUCUUUUGGUAUAGCCUAAAGCAGAUAAAAAAUUCACAACAAGCUCUUUAAAUAAUUAACAUUGAUAGCACAAAAAUCAGAUAAUUUAUCAGCGAUCAUUAUCAUCUACCUGAAAGUCCUUGUUGAUGAUCAUGGGAAUAGUGCAAAACAGUGGCAAACAUGGAUAUAAGGAAUUGAACUUGCAUGACAAGAUCAAAGGUGAUGGGCAUGCCAGCAUUCAUGUGAGUAUACUCCACUGCAGGCAUUAUAAACCCAUGAAGAGCAGCAGCACCGACGGUCAUGAAGAAACCCAGCACAUACUUUCCAUUAGAUUCCCCAUUUGGCACAUCUCCAUUCAUGUGAAAGCCAAGAAUAAUAGAUCCAAAGGUCAUCAGAACCACUGCAUUUAUCGAGUAAUGGGUGAACCUAUGCUUGACCACAAUGUAUGCGAAAAUUGCAGUGAAUUCUAGCUGAGUAGAACCAAGAAGAGAAGAAACUGAAACAGGAAGAUAAGACAAACCAAAGGAGUAGAGAUAGCCGUCGAGACCAAGAAGCAACCCGAUGAAGGCACUGGCAGCAAAAAGCCAUCGUGUGAGUAGUAAUCUACUAGUUGGAGCUCGAGAACGAGCUCUAGCUAUCAUAUAAGAUGAGGAAAUUGGGAGAAUGAGAAUGGGAAAGCCAGCUGUAAGUAACCAAGAAGUGAGCCACUUCCUCUUUCCUCCAUGCAAGUAGUAGAGCCUAAUAAGCAGUGGACCUCCAACUUGAUCAAUUGACAUUAAAAGGCAGUUUAAGACUACCAGAAGUAUCUUGAUAUGCUUGCUGUUCUCCUGCUGUUUUGGUCGACUGUUGCUUCCUUGCUCUGCCUCCAUGAGUAUUGCACCAAGCACUAGCUGUGACAGUGAUGAAUUGGGUUCCUUUAAAAAUGGGUAUUAGGUAGGAAAAUAAUGUCUAUAUCCAUCUAAAAAAAUACCUCUACUUGAUAAAAUGAGAAAAGGUGCAAAUAUGACCCUCGUGAUUGGGCCAAUAGUCAGACAGGAGGAUGAUGCAUAUUCCACUGAGCAAAGAAUCAGUAUUUUAUGAAAAUGCCACUAUCAGAUCACUCUUACGAUUCUAAUGAAACCUUUAGGCACUUGAGAUGGUAUAA